CAUAUAUUUUACUUGCGUUUACCAAACACUUUCAUCAAUACGUCAUUGCCUUGUGCAAGGAAAAUCCAAACUGCACCUUUCUCACGCCUCGAAAGACAUCUGAAAAAAGUUAAACAAAGACUAAUUAAAUGCCGAUUCUGACGCAUUUCAUUAGCAUAUCUUAACUGCAUUUAAUGAACUAAGAAUACACAAUCUAAAAUAUAAGCAAACGGAGUGAAGAAUCGCUACGACAUGUUUCGUAAAGUAAUUUUGAGUCUUGCUUUGGUACAACUUUUCCAUUGUAAUAUCAAAGGACAAUCAACAGGACACGGAGGAAGAAGACACGUGGUAAUGUUUCCAGAUGGAAAGAAGCCAGUGACUAGGGCGGAACUCUUAAUAUCCAGUCUGCUGGACACAGAAGUAAGGCUGACUUCCGGUUAUCCUGGGGUAGACAGGGUCUUGCAAGUGAAAGCAAACGAAGGCGCUGUAGUACCCCUUCCACCGGGAAUAGUUCUAGAUGGAAAUGAGAUAGAAAACAAAGGGAUCAUUAUCGAAUCCGAUCAUCCAAUUUAUGUCUAUGGACAUUCUGGUGACGAAUGUUGUGCCGGGGAAGGAUUCCAAGCGAUCCCCGUAGAUUUCUGGGGCAAAAUGUACUAUACUGCUACCCAGUACAACAGCACAGUAGCUUUAGUGGCCACAGACGACAACACGGAGGUGAAUGUCACAAAAGGAUUCUGGGGUGGCGUGACUUUUCAAUCGAAGCAUUAUGGUAUGGGAGAGAACAUAUCUUUCACUCUUUCAAAGGGACAAACUGCUCAACUACAGACUCCUCUAGGAUAUCUUAUGGGUACCCGUGUAUAUUCUAACAAACCAGUGGGGCUCAUAUCGGGUCAGUUUUUCGGCUCUCCUUCGAGAGCUAAAUAUAAUCAAAUGAUCGAAUUCAUCCCGCCAUCCAAUAGUAUCGGUACCGAAUUCAUUGUUCCUCCCUUAUUUAAUACUACCUACAUCAAUCUCUACUACAGCAAUCUUGGAGUCGACAACGUAAUUACAACAAAGGGGAAAAAUGUCAACCUUUCCAGUCAGCUCCGAAAGCGAGGAGUAUCCAGGAUUACUGCAGGAGCCUCUAAUCCGUACCACGGAUCCAGCGAAAAACCUCUCAUUGUAACAGCUGCACCGUUCACAAUCAGUCCAUUCUUACUGCUAGUCCCCUCCUUGGAUCAAUAUUCUAACAAUUACAAAUUCCAUACCCCGACCAAAGAGAACUUGACACACUAUCUUGUAUUCUUAGUGAAAAGUCACGAUGUGGACCAAAUUACAUUGGACGGAGACACGAUCAACUCCAAAAUCGAGGGACUGGAUGUCCUGCUGGUUAACGGAGUCAUAUACCUCAUAAUCUCAGUGGAAGUGAGUCCAGGACAGCACUACGUCACACACGUGGAUCCUAAUGUCAAAUUCGGCUUACUUUUGUAUGGUUUUGAUGACACACAGUCUUAUGCUUACCCUGUUGGACUCAGAUUACCCUCAGUGUCGUCAUCCCAAACACCUGCUGCGACAUAAAGGAAGUGAUGUAUAUCAAAACUGUAGAAAGUUAACUUGUGAUUGUUAUUUACACCAGGCUUGUUUACUGUAUAUAUGCUGCACCUUUAUCUAAUUAAAUGAUAAAGACUAGAUCUUCAAAA